CGGGUGAUAAAGAUGAAGGUCUUUCUCUGCCUAACGAUUCUUUCGGUAGUUGUAACGCAACUACAAGCUUCCCAGCUUCCUUCAAAGGUGGUGGAAGCCAAAGAUGGCCUCAAGAAGGAACUUCAUUCAAUGGCCCAAAUGAUACCGAACAGUAUCGAAGGCCUCAAAAUUGCUGAUUAUCAUUUAUCCGAUGAUCUUCACGGCGUUUUUGAAAAUUUCUUGACUCAGAACCGGGCUAGCAUCGACACAUUGCUACAAAUUCUACAACUCGUUGAUCAUGAAAUAGGGAAUGUGAUUCCUGGCUGUCAAGAGCUUUGGAGUCUACAAGAGGCUGUGACAUCCAAUGGAAACCUAAUUUAUGAACAGGUAACGAAACCAUUGGUAAAUUCGGUGAGUCAACUUUGCCGAGCAGUUUCGGAAAGUCGGUUGAUUGAUGUUGAGCAGCUUAUGGAACGCAUAGAACAAGCUGCCGAUCAUUAUAGGGUUGCCAUCGACCGUGUAUUGCAAGAAAUUGAAAUCGUUUCAUCAGAACUUGACCAAGAUCGCAUCACAGCCCACAUCAGUUUAAACAUGGACAAAGUUCGAUCUCGCUUAAACGAAAUCAAUGGCACCUUAUUGCGUGAUAUGGACCAAAAUUUUACCUCCUUCAUAGCUGGAUGGAUACGAAAGCAGAAAGAAUUCACUACACUAUUACCGGAAUUCACCACUGACUGGGAGGAAGUCGAACAAGUAUCGGCUUUCAUGAGGUCCCUGGACAACGAAACAGGAGUUCUUCAGGACGAACUCGAAGAAUUCAUCGAGGAUUGGAUCGAAAUCUUGGACCUUGUGCUAGAGUCCGUUCACAACGUGUCGAUUCAGGUUCGACAGCUUUUCCUUGAUGAGCCCCUGGAAGACUUCCUAGGUGGCAGCACCGAUCUCACCUGUGUAGCUGAUUCGAUUAAGUUUGUUGACAAAUACAGCUUCUCACUCGUUGACGACUUCUAUAGAUGUGUCGAUUUUGAGGACGAUAUGAUGAGUUCUUAUCGCCAAAUUGCCUCGAUGUUGACAUCAACAGACAAAGCUGUCAGCUUCAUUUUUGAAAGCUAUAAAAAAUGUGCAUCAAUGGAGCAAAUGUUUCCAGAUUCUUUGACGGCCUGCAUUGAUGAGUUGGGACACUUUCUGAACGAGACGGAAAACUUUGUACAGUUGAAGGCCAAUGAGAUAUUCUUCCACGUGGAGGAUGCGAUGAUCUUCAAUGAGGUUACGAUCGAGGCUUGUUUGCAGAUGGAAGUACGCAAGGCAGUGUUGGAGAUUGCUGAUCGUACGCUCCGUUAUAACGAGUGUAAGGCGCGGUUCGCCGAAGAAAUGCUACCGUGAAUAAGAAAUUAUAUUGUUGAAUAAAUAAAUA